AUGAUAAGAUCAAUUCCAAUUAAACAAUUAACAGGAUACCACAAUUCCUUAACCUUUCUAUCUAAACGUACCCUCAAAACAUCAUCCUCAUUACAAUAUGCCCGUUUCAUCAACAAUAGCACACGAAUAACCAAAGAAAUAUCACCAGACGAACUCAGACGAUUACAACAAGCUCAAGAACAAGCAAAAGCACGUGCAUUCCAAUAUGAACAACUGCAUCUGUAUCCACCACCACCACAACCAUCAUAUUCAUUCACAUUACCUGAAAAUAAGAAUGGUAUAAUUACUCCCAAUGAUCCAAUCUAUGACAUACUUAAAGAACCCACCCUUGUCAUUGAAAGACAAAUUGAAUUCAUGAAUUUAUUUCUCGGAUUCGAACAAGCAAAUCGAUAUAUCAUCAUGAAUGCUACCGGAGAAGUAAUUGGAUCCAUGCAAGAGAAAGAUGUCGGAUUAGCAAAAAUAAUCGGAAGACAAUUCUUUAGAUUACAUCGUCCAUUUGAUAUUGAUGUUUUUGAUAAAUAUGGACAAUUGGCAUUAACUAUUAAAAGACCUUUCCUGUUUAUAAAUUCUCAUAUUAAAGCUUAUUUACCUGGAUAUGAUGAAUUUGAUGAUUUGAUGUUUGAAUGUGUUGGAGAAAGUGUUCAAAGUUGGCAUUUAUGGAGGAGGAGAUAUAAUUUGUUUAAAUUGGAAGAUGAACAACUUGAUGAAUAUGAACAAUUUGGAAUGGUUGAUUCUCCAUUUCUUUCAUUUGAUUUCCCAAUUAGAAAUGCCGAGGGGAAGAUUAUGGCAAGUGUGGAUAGAAAUUGGGUAGGAUUGGGGAGAGAAUUGUUUACUGAUACUGGGGUUUAUAUUUUGAGAUUUGAUCCUGCUAGUUUUGAAGGUGUGAGUACUCAUUAUGGAGAAGAGGUUUCGAGUCAAGGAGUGACUUUGGAUCAAAGAGCAAUUAUCUUAUCUUGUUUUACAAGUAUUGAUUUUGAUUAUUUCUCAAGACAUAGUAGAACAUCCGGAGGAAUGUUUUCGUUUGGUAGUUAUGAAUAA